AUGGAGGCGUCGUUCGAGGGCAGUGACGGCGAUGAUAAGCAGAUUCCUCGUCAGGGCCGCCAGGUACGGGAACUGCAUCUGGUCCACGCCGCGCUGUUCCUCCUGGUCUACCUGGUGUCCCUGAUGGGAAAUCUCAUCGUCCCCACCGUCUUGCUAGCGAUUCCGUUUCCUGAUUCAGAGAUGUUUGUCCUCACUGUGAUGUUCUAUUACCGCUAUAUGGCCAUCUGCCGCCCCCUGGGCUACGAGGUCGUCAUGGACCGGGGGAUCUGUGUAAAGAUGGUGGUCACCUCAUGGCUCAGCGGGGGGCUGCUUGGGGUUUUGUUCUCCACUGGUGUAUCUUUCCUGCCUUUCUGUGAGUCCCACGAGGUCCAGCAGUAUUUCGGUGACAUCCACUCCUUAUUGAAGACCUCUUGUUCCGAGCAACAUAUGGCCGAAUACAUAAACAUUGCCAUGGGGACCUCCUCCGGUUUCUUCUCCUUUGGAUUCAUAGUCAUUUCCUAUAUUCACAUCUUCUUGCCUGUGCUGAAGAUGCUGCCAUCCGAUGGGCGGUCCAAAGCCUUCUCCACCUGCCUGCCCCAUCUGGUUGUUUUCACUCUUUUUAUCACUACAGGCACCUUUGCCUACCUAACAUCCCCAUCGGCCUCCCCUUCGACGCUGGAGCUGCUGGUGUCCACGUUCUACACGGUGAGGUUGGGCAAAUCCAUUUAG